UUUUGCAAUGAUCGGAUUGUGUAUAUCUGUCACAUGGCUAUCAAUGUCAUAGUAAUCAUUCAUUCAUUUCAUUUCAUUCACAUAUCAUUGUUUCUGUUGUGUAGGUCAGCAGUUGCGAGAACAUUAUGUCCAACAUAUCCAAGAGGAGGCGAGAAGGAUCGCGGUCCAAGAUCAAGAGUAUGGGAGACCACAAAGAGUUUCUGAACCGCAUCACAAAAACUCUCUACUACGGUGAACUGCCCUCGCAUCCCUGUCUGAGUCUCCCCGUCACUGAGGUAUCCUGCGCGUUGUGGUCCGCCGCACAGCAGGGUCGGUCGCUGAGACGUUUACACGGCGACGCGGCCGCGCGACUUGCGUACGACGCGCGCGUCUCUCCGUGCGCGCUCGUGCUGGCCCUGUUAUACUUGGAGAGGCUACGACAUCGCAACCCUGCGUAUGUCGCCGCCGCCGCGCCCGCAGACCUCUUCCUCGUGUCGCUGAUGGUUGGCAACAAGUUCCUUCAAGACGACGGCGAGGACGCAGAGACUUUAGUGGCGGAGUGGGCGGCCGCCGGCGGGCUCACACCCGCGGACCUUAAGCGGCUCGAGAUAGAUUUCCUAAAUGCUAUUGAAUGGAACGUAUACGUAAACAGCGAGAGCUUCGAAUCGGGUCUAUCCUGGCUUGAAAGUCAAGUGGCGUUAAAGCAAGCGAAAGAACGGGGGUUCUUCACGUAUAGCGACUUAGCGGCCGCAGGAGGAGAUGCAGGUGCAGCGGUAGCGGGUGCCGCGGCGGCCGCCAUGGCCCUGGCCUACGUCGCCGCCCUCAGCGCCCUAGUCACCUCCGCUCUCCUAGUCUCAUAUACCUUACCUCUCCUGCAGCUCACACACAGUACAUUAUUGUCCACCCCGCACACUCUAGAACCGUCUCUAAACGCGACCGUCGACUUUGCUGACCCGCCUCGCUGCUGCACCGACUGGCUCAACUAUCAUUCCACUAUAAAUGCCCCACCGGUUUAUACCCCCAAUUUACAUGAACCGUGGUUUAAAAUUGAGACUGAUUUCACUUGGUACCGCAGCUCUUUAGUAGACCCGCUUCAAAAAUGGCUGGAAAAGCUGGAUGAAUAUGCUGAUGAAUAUAUUUUUAAAUCUAGAAAGUGCUCGGGUUACCAGCCUGCGAUGCAACCGCGGUGCGUGCGCCAAUGGCUUAAUCUUAGCAAGCUUGGGGGUCUUGUUGUCAUAUCAGACCGAUAAUAUUUUAGUACUUAAAGCUCAGUUACAGAAAACAAUAUGAAUACUGUCUCUUUCUGGUUUACCAAAAUAAAGUGACAGUAGUAACCUUUUAAACGCCAUAAGUCUGAAACAAAAAUGUUAUUUACACGCUAACAUUACUGACGUAAACCUUAAAUAAAGUCAUGAAGGUCAUAUUUAUAACGUACGUCAUACCGCUCAUUAAGCGUUCUGGCGUUUAAAAGGUUUAAUUGUGUAUUUCUGCGAUUGAGCAAACUAAUCGCUCACGCUUUUCUGUCCUUCGCAUUAUUUAUAAUAAGAAAUCGCUCAAUAGCUUUUCGUUGUUGAACAAAGCAAUAAUUGUUUUCGGUUUAAUUUUAGUUUGUGUGUGUGAGCCUCCGUUUACGUUUGACGCGGCCCCAUAUUUAAUACACUAUUUAGGUCGUGUUCAGAAAGGAUGCGAUUAAUGUUGAUACCCAUAUCUCAUACAUAGCUAAUGUAUAUAUUGAUCGAUUUACAAGUUUUGACGUUAGAAGUCUAUGAAAAUAUUGGUACAAAUCUCAUGAGAACUCAUAUGAAUCGAACUAGCUUAUGACAGAUACUGCGUACAGAACUCUCACUGUCUAACAUACUAAAGUUUGACAACUACAUUCGUGACCUUCAUCACGAAUUUAGUUGUCCCUUUGUAACGUAUAGGCUGUACACCAGGCUGUCUAGGGUCGCCAAAUGUGCAAGAUUCGGCUCUUUGUGAUCACAUAAAAUAAAUACAAAUAUUUAAAGUUGCAAAGUAAUCGCAAUAUUGUGUCCGUUUCAUUAGUUACCAAAUUGCAUUAGAUAUUUUGUAAAAAGAGUUUUCGAGAUUGCAGAUAAUCUUGUCAAAUUGUAAAUAAAACGUAAUAUUUUUGUAUGUCGUUCUUGGUGGUGUAAUUGCAAACUAAAAAUAAACUACUUCUGCAAUA